ACCCACUCAUUUGCAAUCGUCUUAAAAGUGUACCUGUAUUUCUGAUUGACAUUAAGCGUAUUCCGGUUAACCUCAGCAUUGUUCGACUCAAUUUAUCUUCCCUCCUCUUUAUAUUACAUUUAUAUUAAAAAUAACUCUUCUUUGAUAUAAAUCGUUAUAUAUGAUCAAUUCAAUACAAUUCCGGGUGCGAUUGUUUUUAAUUUACUUAUUUAUCAUUAUUAUUAUAAUAAUUAUUAUUAUUUAUUUAUUUUCUGUAUAGAUAAUGUCCACCAAAACUAACUUUUGCUUUUUCUGGGUAGUAAAAAUAUAAAAUUGUAAAUUCGAAAUGAAUGAAAUGAAAUGACAAGUUGAAGAAGCCCGUUUACGUAUUCUUUAAGCAAUCUUUUCAAAUUAAGUAUGGAAUUAUCAACAACUCAGUAAAAGACCGGCAUGUCUGGAGAAAAAGGUUCUUGUAUUUUGAAACAGUUUAGGCAAAUGAGGCUAAUUUGGUUCUCGAUUAGGUUUUUAAUUUCUGUUAAGUAGAGUCGUUGACUGCCAGAAAAAUAUCAGUACAACCUUAGUGUGGUAUUCACAACUGUAUUAUAAAAUGUUAACCAAACUGAUUGCAGAAUGUUCGUGUAGUGUUAUCUCAAACGUGAAAUUUCUCGGUUAAAAUGUUUAUCAUAGGUUCACUGUAACCCAUAUAUAAGAACCUCCUUGAUCUCUCUUGACAAAGGGCAGUUUCUUAUAAGCGAACUCAUACUGUAACUGAAAUUAUUGGGUGGCAAUAAGAAAAACAGAGACAUACUUUCCCGUUUUGGAAACAGAAUUUCUACAUAUCGUGCUCAAAAUUUUAGAGAUGGUUACUUUUGCUGUGAACUUUUAAUAUUCAGACUUGAUCAUAAGCAUAUGCUAAACUCUAAACUCUCAGUAUAUAGAGGUUAACAGCUAAGGAUGAAUAAUUAAUAUAUUAUUGUUAUCAUUAUUAUUAUUAUUGUUGUUAUUAUUAUUUUUUAUUACUAUUAUUAUUAUUAUUAUUAUUAUUGUUAUUAAACAUUGUACUCGCACUGUCUGUUUUCUCAUUGGCUAAUUGUAAAUUUUGGAAAUCAUAAUCUGUAGGUUGCGCGUAAUGCAUGAUUUUCAAGAUCAAUUUGAAAAUGUCAAUGUGCUGUGUUGGUCAUUAUUUUCUUGAAAAAAUUGUAUAAUAAAACAAUUAUUAUAUUCUGUUUUAGUGAUAUCCGGAAUAAUCAAGGUCUCCGUAAGUGUUAUCAGCCUCGGCGUUCGGCUAGGCUGAUGACACUUACCUCGAAUUAAUUUGAUUAUUCCGGAUAUCACAAAAACCUCAUCCAAUACUUGUGCAUUAUCUGCAUGUAAUCCAUGGGUAUUUAUUAUUUGUUUUGUAAAUGUUACACUGACCUACACAAAGGUGGGUCUGGAGACGUCAUGACUGUGAUAUCUUGAGCUUUUGAUGCUUGAAGAACUUUUACCAGAUGUUCGAUCGACACUAGUUUGUUUUGGAGGCGCCUUUGAUGGACAGAGGCAGUAAAGAAACAUCUCAAAGAGAGCUUCCUUGAAUUCAGCAAUUCUUAAAGGAUAGAUGACAACGUUGACAAAAGAAUUACCAAACUGAAGUAGUUUCAUAAGAUGAAAAACCACAAAAGGCCAGCCUUGACACGGAGUACAAAACGAAGCAAUAAUGUUAAUUAUGUGGAAUGGAAGCCAAGUUACGACAAAUGACCCGGAAACUAUGAGAAGUGUUUUUGUUAAACAGUCGUCUUGAUGUGCUUCUCUUGCCAGGUGAAGACGAGUCUUUUGCUUCCUCCACAUUAGAGAGUACGCAACGCAUGUGAAAAGAAGAGGGCUUGUGAGAGAGACGAUAAUGAUCACAACAAAAGCCAGUUUCGAUAUGAUAUAAAAAUGAAGCAGGACUCGGGCUAAAAUGCCAAGAUGAGCUACGAUCCAAGGGAUACCUAUAACACACGUGUAGAAACGCAACGUCAGCGUUCGAUGGCGUAAAGGCCACAAAACAGCGUGCAUCCUUUCCAAUGAAAUGCUAGCCAAGGUGAAUAUUGAUAAAACUCCAGUGAAAAUAUCAACACAUUGGAAUGAAAGUAUCAACAGACGUUUAGUCGUGCAAAUUCCAAUAGCAAUGUACAGAGGCACAGCGAAGGCUCCGACCAUAAGAUCCGCAAUGGCCAAGCUAAUCAGUAGGAAGUGUGGGCGUUUUCGAAGUUUCUGUUUCAAAAAUAUCACAAUGGUGAUAAGGUUUCCGAUGGUAAUAACCACGGAUGUUACGGCAAAUGUCAGUGUCCAGAAAAUGUUCCAGUACUCUGUGAAAUCCAUGACAAAUCUGAAUCAUAAAAUUUGUCAAUAUUGCAAUUUACCUGCGAAAAAGAAACAAAUCGUUCUAUUUAAGUGAGUUGCAAUAAAGCACUUAGUGGUCCACUUAGGGAAUUCACUUAUGUGACUGCACUUACGAUUCGUACGUUUUCACUUAAAUGUCGUUUAUGCAGCAGAAAUUACGCGCAAUGCAUAAAACUAUUUUUACGGGAAAAAUAGCACGUAAAUUUAGGGGUCCUUCAUCCUUACUGUUUUUACUUAAGUUAACCGGAUUUUUUUCUGGGAAGUUUUUUCUUUACGUAAUUCCGUUCUAAUGCGCUUUGUUAACCUCUGAUGUGUACUUUAAAGCCGUCGUUGAAAAAAAAGAAGAACAACAAACAUUUCCAGUAGAUGUUCAGCCUCGGAUUUAUUCUUGAAAUAUUCUUAGAAAAUAUAUUCUUACAGAAAAAAAAAAGCAUAGACGAGCUCAUCACCAAGAUACUCGGAAAGGAAAAUCCCUCAUUCGCGUCUAUAGUUGGUGGAAGUAGGCCCGUUGAUGGUUGUAAUGGAAAGGAAGAGUACUUCAGAGAACGAGCAAGACGAAAACCGCGAAAAUUGUGAUUUAGUAUUUUGAAUAUUUUAUAGAAAAGAAGCAAUACAAAUAAUAAAUGUUAUUGUUAUUGUUAGUAAAUUUUAGGGCACAAGUACAUGGAGAAAGGCACAUUCAGAAGAUAAAUGAAGAGCAUUAUUUGAAGAACAUGGAAUUAAAAUGGUAUUUCUUAAAAAGAAGGAACAGCUGCAACUUAAGACGAAAACUUAACAGUGAUGAGUAGUUUAGAACCUGUGCGGAUGUUGCUUUAAAAAAUAUUUUUGAGUAUGUCGAAGAUUCCUGGUUGAAAUUUUUUUUAAGAAAAAUGAGGAAACACUUCCUUUUGUUGCAUGAUAUAAAACGUAAUCUCGGUAAAAACUACCUUUCCCUAUUUUAUUUAUCAGCAUUAUAUGAGACACUUAAUUUGAUUUGUCAAAGGAGUAUUUAUAAUUAAUCAUGUAAUUAUUACAUAGUCUAUGAAACUGGGUUGUGCCUAACAAAAGGACAGCCGAGGAGUACUAGGAACGAAUUUCCGAUUCGGGCCGACUACGGAAAUUCUCGAAAUCAUCCAAUAUGGCCGGCGGCGCUAAAGUGCAGGUCACAGGCCACAGGUCAGGUCACAGGUCAGAUCAUAGGUCAGAUCACAGGUCACACUCAAAAACAAUAAGACACUGGACAGAACAUGCUGCAUGUCAAUGACUUGCUCUAAGUUAUCUUGGCUGCACGGUCUAUUUGGAGAUGAUAUUCCAACAACAAGACAACACUUCGUUCUCAGUGAAAAACAUUUUUUUUUUUUUUUUCGCACAAAUCACAUGAUUUUGGACACCUUUGUGAUUUCGUUACGAAGUCUGGAUAUGCCGUAUGAUCAGCAUGAAAAUAUCAUUCCAUGUGUGAAAUUUAAUAUUGUUUAAAGGACAAAAAUAUCAUCAAGGUUCCUUGGCAAAUUUUAUUUUUGCAGAGUAAAACGUCAGUCCAGAACAGUUUUGUCCAGUGUCCUAUUGUUUUUGUGUGUGACUUGUGACCUGACCUGUGGCCUGUGGUCUGUAACCUGUGACCUGCACUUUGGCCCCGCCGGUAUUGUUGAUGAAGUUUGCGUUUAUUGUGACUUUUGAAGAGUUCUUGGUCCUAUAUAGUGAGCAAUCCUUUUAUAAAUGUCUUAUCAAUUUGUCUUGUCCCACUGGCCGGUGUUACCGGAGAAAAUAGUACCGUCCAAAUCGAACCGUACAUUUCCUAUGGACUAAUUGCAUGGGAACAAGCUGCCAAUUCAAGUCUGAACAAAAUUCUAAUAUUGCAAAAACGAGCGCUACGGUUAAUGUACUUUUCUGACAGCAGAGCUCAUGCCAUACCUCUGUUCGUCAGGUCUGGUGUUUUGCCUCUGAAUAUGCUGUACUUUAAAUAUUCGGCUAUCCUAAUGCUCGAUAUCUCCAAUAACCGGGCUCCUUCUAAAUUUCUGAAUCGUUCGUCCGUUCUAACAUGAUCACUCUCCUUAUACCAGAUUUUCUGCCGCAGGUAAUUUUUAUGUCAAGAGAUCUAGACUCAACCAGCUAUUAUUAUCUUUUUCUAGAAGUGGUGUCAGAAUUUGGAACAAAAUUCUUCUUACGUUACGUGAACAGCGCAAAGACCCUUUCGAGCGUAAAUUACUCAUAAAUUUCUGAUCAAGGAUUUGGAGACUAAGAAGGUGUAUGUUGAUAUGAGUACCAUUACCAGCUCCUGCCUGAACUCGUUAUUCAGUUAAAGUGUUUUCCUUCCUUAUAUCUAUAAGUGCUACCUUUUAUUUAUUUAUUUCAUUUUUGCUCUCUCUUUACUUACCGUUCUUUUGCUGACUUUAUAGGACACAAUUAUUGCAUUGAAUAGCUCCGCUAAUUGUGGGUAACAUAGUCUAGUAUCAUAGUUUGAUAAAUGAAUAAACUGUUGUUGUUGUCCUUUUGAAUGGCAUUAAGCUAACAAAAUAGUACCACCCAGAAGGUUAUCUGACAUUACAGCAGCAUUUGUUUGCAUGUACAAAACAUUUAGCAGGCUUGCAGCUAGCAAGAGACACAGCAAGGCGCUUAUCUCACCUACAUACUUUUUAACCCAAAAUUUAAAAAUGCGUUUGAAUGGGAAACAAUGAAAA